AUGCCAACACGCUCACCGUGUGAGCCAACCCCACUGGGGCACGCGAUGCGCGAACAGUUCUCUUUUGCUCCAGGAUAUCGAAAUCUGAACCAUGGCUCUUUUGGAACCUCGCCGAUCGCGAUUCGCAACAAGGCGAAUGAGCUACGAGACGAGUGCGAGGCAACUCCUUGCCCGUUUAUCAAAUAUCGAUUCCCCGAAUUGUUGGAUGCGUCGCGAGCAGCCAUGAGUCGAUUUCUCGGGGUCGCCGAGUCGACAGUGGUGUUUGUCCCCAAUGCGACUACGGGAGUCAACACGGUGCUCCGGAAUAUGGUGUGGAGCAGCGAUGGGAAAGACGAGAUUCUACAACUCGAUGUGAUCUACGGGCUCCGCGUCCGAACCAUUGGCUUCGACUACCCGGUCGAAGAAGACGAAUUUGUUUCGACAUUCCGGCGAGCAAUCGCAACCUCCCGAGCGGAGGGCUUUCGUCCACGAGUUGCGAUUUUCGACACGAUCUGCUCUAAUCCAGGACUCCGGUUACCGUUUGAGGAAUUGGCUGCAGUCUGUCGGUCGGAAAAGGUCUUAAGCCUGAUUGAUGGGGCACAUGGGGUGGGUCAGAUUGACUUGGACUUGACCUCGCUGGACCCGGAUUUCUUUGUGAGCAAUUGCCACAAGUGGUUGUUUACACCUCGAGGAUGUGCCCUGUUCUACGUCCCCGAGCGAAACCAAGCCAUGAUGCGCAGCACUCUCCCAACAAGUCAUGGGUUUGUCGGUCGCUUACCAUCAGGGCCCGCCCCGAGCGCAACCACGGGGAAGUCUGAGUUUGUGACCAAUUUUGAGUUUGUGGGAACCGCCGACAAUAGCGCCUUCUUGACCGUUGCGGAUGCGAUUCGAUGGCGACAGGAGGUUUGUGGGGGAGAGCGCAAGAUCCGAGAGUACUGCACUGGCCUUGCACAGAGGGGAGGGCGAAGGGUGGCAGACAUUCUGGGAACUCGGAUUCUGGACAACAUGUCUCACCGGUUAUCGGACUGCUUCAUGGUCAAUAUUGCUCUCCCGAUCGCAAAGCCCACCACCGGGCGUGAGAGCCUCGUGAAGGGAAAGGACGGUGCCGACACCACCGUCACCGAGUGGAUGCAGCAGAACAUGAUCCAGCGGUACCAGACGUUCAUGCCAGUUUUUCCAUUUCAGGGCUCCUGGUGGGUCCGCCUGAGCGGGCAAGUGUAUCUCGAGGAGAGUGACUUUGAGUGGGCCGGCUGGACCUUGAAGGAACUGUGCGAGGAGUUGGCGCGAAGCUGA